AUGCCCGCGAAGUACUCGCACGUCAAGAAAAGGGCCGCCUCUGCGCGCAAGGCGAACAAUGCCGGCCAUAACCAGCACGCGCACUCCAAUCCCCAUUCACACGCGCAUAUACACUCGCACAGGGACCACCGACCGAACCCUCUGAUCGACAAGAGCAUCUCCCAAGCAAUGUCCGCCGUGUCUGAGCUCGAACGCUGCAUCGCGCGCAUGCUCCUCCUUCGUUAUGAGCAGGACAUCGCCCGGUUAUUCUCCACGCGCUUGUUCAGCGUCUCGCUCGUCCACCUCCCUACCCUCAUGAUGCGAUGCAUUGGGCUUUGCGGCCCGGGCUGGGUUGCACACAAUGCCGACUCCGAAGAUAUCAAGGAUUUUUUCCGGUCCGCCAUCGGCAUGGACAUGCGGCAGGCGGGCGAACGGGUGGCGACUAAGAGCGUGCUGUGGUCCUACACCGUACUUAGACACUUCGCACUGUCGAACGGCGUGGCGAUCUGUCGCAAGCGCGGCUUGCACUCCCUGCAUCUUCUCCCUUACUUCCCCGCGCUGAGGGCGCACCUCGACGCGCUCGAAGCGGCGCCGUCCCCGAAAUUCGCGAAGCCCACGCACCUGGGGCCGCUCACGGAGGGCCUCGAGGCGCUCGAGGAGGCAUGCGUGCUCAAGUACGGCUCGCGUAUCGGCGCGGGCGGCGCGUGGGACGCGAGCUGGCGCGUCAAGGUGCGGGUGGGGUACGAGCGGCUCGUGCAGACCCUCUGGCGCGUCGCGCACGAGUUCGACGUGCGCGGGUACGGGCUCGUGCUGCGCGAGAAGCUGACGAGCAAGUGGUGCGAGUGCGGGUGCUCGACGGACCAUCUUGGAGAGGUGUGCGAGCGGACCGUGAGCGAGGAGGAGCUCGAGAGCGGCGUGCGCUCUGGGAAGCAGCGCGAGUGGGAUGGAAGGGGAAGCGGCGUGUAUGGCUGGGGCACCGAAGAGGAAGAAGAUAUCUGGGAGCUCGAGCUCGACUUUGGUGGGGGGGUCGAACGCGCCGGUGCAGGCGAGGCCGAGAUGACGGUCGGGGAGCUCACGGAAUGGCGUUAUAUUAAAGCAGAGAGGGAAAAAGAGCUGGGCAACGUGGCGUUCAAGAAAGGGGACUACGAGUCCGCCAUACAGCACUACACUUCGGCCAACGAGAUCGAGCCAGAGAUGCCGCAUUACCAGCUCAACCUCGCCGCAGCUCAUCUCAAACUCAACCGAUGGAUGGAAGCCGAAGCUGCGUGCGACAAGGCCUUGAGCCAGCACAAGAGUGGCAAGGGCUAUUUUAGGCGGGCACGCGCGCGAAAAAUGCAGGGCCAUGUGGACGGUGCUAUUAAAGAUCUGCGUGGAGCGUUGCACCUCCAGCCAAACAACCCAGAGGCGCUCGCAGAGCUGGCGUCGCUCGUCCCUGCUCCCCCCUUGGGGCAACAAGGACAAAUGCAGGCGAGCGCAAAUGGCAGCCGUGAAGCGACCUCGCGACCGGCGGGCUCGGCGCAUCUGAACUACGACCACCUGCACCUCCCGAAGCCGAAGCCGCCGAAGCCGCUCCCGUUUGCGCGCGGCGAGCGCGACACGCGGAAGCUCAAGUUCCUGCCGAUGCCGGUGUCGCUCGAGAUGCCCGUCGACCUCGCGAGCGCCGAGGCAUUCAUGGCGGAGUCGAGCAAGGGCAAGGUGCCCGCCUCGACGCAGGUCAGGACCGAGUCUUUCUCGUACCCCGGCUGGGAGCGCUACACGGUCCAGAGGCCGGAAUGA